AUGGAUUACCCUGCUAAUUACCAACAACAGGCGUACGAUCCCUCAUCUCAAAUCCAAGCAUACGAUCAAUCCACACAAGCUUAUUAUGCACACCAUCAAUACAGUAAUCAACAGCAGCACGCCUAUUACGGUUACCCUCAGCACCAACAACAAGGAGAACCCACCCCACCUGGGGUUACAGUGCCGCAGCUCGUAACACAACAAGCCACAGAGCAAGCCCAGAAUUCUUAUUACUACCCACAUGCUGUUGCUUUGAAUAUGGAUCCGCAACAAGGAGGAACAAGUGGAUAUGGAAUUGGGGCAAUGCCCACUGGGUCCCACCAACCGGUCAUGCAAGCUUCAUAUGGGGGUCCUGGCAUAUUGGAUGGUGGACCCUCUCGGGGAGCUCAAGGCCAAUUUGGUCCUAAACCAAAAGUUACGGGCCGUCCAUUUCAUGUUCGAGGACGAGGCAGAGGCCGUGGUAAGCAUACAUCAGUUUCAACUCAAGUGUCCAUACCUGUCGCUGGUGGUCAUUCAGCACCAGUUUGGCCACCUCCACAAAUCGCAUGGUGUGAACUUUGUAGAGUUGACUGCAACACCCUUGAAAUUCUUGAGCAGCACAGGAAUGGGAAAAAGCAUAAAAAGAACUUGAAAGUUUAUGAAGAGUUACAAAGACUAAACAAAGACCUGACUGGAGGACAGAAUGAGCAACCAUUGACCUUUGAAGUGAAACCAGAAGGUUUUUCACAGCCUGUUGAAAGUGAGGGAGAUGGGACUAAACAACCUCCACAAGAGAAUCUACCCUCUCAACCUGUCAGAGAAGAAAACAGAGUCUUAACUGAGAAUCAAAAUGUUGAAGAGAUAGAACCUAGUGAAGAAUUGGCACAAUAUCCGAGAAUGAACCAUUAUGAAGGUCGAGGGCGUGGUUUCAAGCGUAAUACGAGGGGUGGUGGUAGAGGGGGUAAAUGGAUGAGGUUUAAUGAUGGAUCUAGAAGACCGAUUGAGCCUCCUAUGCCCAAAGGAUUUGUUCCCUUGAUAUGUGAAUUGUGUAACGUGAAGUGUGAAUCUGUAAUUACCUUCCAAGGUCAUUUGGUGGGAAAGAAGCACCAGUCAAAUGCUAAGCGAUUUCAAGGCCACCAAGAUGUUAUUGGACAAGCAGCCCUUCAAGCACUAUUCCCAGCACUUCAAGCACUUUACCCACAGCUUCAGGUUCUUUGCCAGCAGAACCCAAAUGCUUCAACUUCCCUUGCACCUCAAAUUCACCCGCAAGGUUUUCCGGGACCCGAGGGUAAUUUUUCACAGCCAGAGCAUUCCAGUUGGACUCAAGGUCAAGCAUCAGUGACAGAGCCAUUAGCUUUAACAGCGAUGCCUCCACCUUUGUCCAUGGAAACUCAGGACCCACAGACCAGCAAUCUUCAAGGUUUGGCAACGGAAACUGGUACUCAAAAUGCUGCUGUGGAGGAAGCAUCAAGUCAUGUGCAGUCAGACAUCAAUUGUUGCAGUGAUAGUUUAGGUGUGGCAGCAACAGAGAAUGUGGCUGCUGGUUCAGAGCUUGUUUCAUCUGGAACACACACGGAUUGA